AUGUUGCGUUCCUUGCUUUCCUUUGGCCGCACAGGCACCAACGACUACCUAUUUCCCAAAGUGGAUCCCAAGGAGGACGGCCCCGAAUGUUUAAAGGACUGCGCUGACUGCACCGUACAAUUUCCGGCAAAAGUGAAAGUUGAGACCUCGAAGCCUCUGUAUGGAGAAAUCAAAGAAUUUCAUGCCCACGUUCUCGUCGCAACCGGGCAAUCCAACUGGAAGGAAAAGAACGUCGAAAAUACGAAAGGAAGUUUAAUGGAAGCAUUGGACGCGGCAAAAUCAGACCAUGGUCGCAUUACGGUCUUGGCAUCAAACCUCACUCCUCCAGAAGAAUCAACGACAGAUGAUAGUUCCAAACAAGCCACCACAGUACUAAUUCUACCAUCAUUCACAUUUGUUGAUUCCGUCACACAAGCAGAUGUUCCAGACCUGGUAUCCAGAUACAUCGACCACCCCGCAGCCCAGCAAAAUGGAAACAGUAUCAUUUCUCCCGCGAACGGGAUGAGCGCUCGGCCUUGUGAACUUGACUACGUGAUACUACUAUGCUCACACGCACGUCGAGAUGCGCGCUGUGGUAUUACAGCACCACUGAUCAAGCGCGAGCUGGAGCGACAUCUCCGUCCGCUAGGACUGGACCGAGAUGCGGAUGACUCCCGAGCUGGCGGGGUGGGCAUCUUCUUUGUGUCGCAUGUCGGCGGGCACAAGUUCUCUGCGAAUGUGUUGAUUUAUCGCAAGAAGGAUCAACAGAUGAUUUGGCUUGCACGUGUACGGCCUGAGCAUUGUGAGGGCAUUGUUAAGUACACUGUUCUGCAGGGAAAAGUUGUGCACCCAGAGUCACAGUUGAGGGGAGGGUUUGAUCGGGUGAGGGGGUUGACGAGCUGGUAA